UCAGUCAGCCUCAGUCAGUGCGUCAGUCGCCGUCAAUCUGCCACAGGUAGCGAGACCACGGUAUCCACGGUAGACUGCGAGGGGCCCUGCCGGAAGCUCGAUCUCCUCCCGCCCCGGGCAGGCGGAUCCGGAAGUGGGGGUCGGCAGCGCGCGCCGCCCUCCGCGGGCGCCAGGCACGAUGCUUCGCGGUCCCCAGCACCGCCUCCGGGCCUCCGUAGCGCCCGCUGCGGCCCUGGCUGCGGCGCUGCUCUCGGCGUUCGGUCGCUGCUCUGUUCCGGAGCGCAGCGACCCGGCGGCCUCGGCGCUCAGUCCUUACUUCGGCACGAAGACUCGCUAUGAGGACGUCAACCCGGAGCUGCUGGCGGACCCUGUGGCGCCGCGGCGGGACCCUGAGCUGCCGGCGGGAACCUGUACCCCGGUGCAGCUCGUCGCCCUCAUCCGCCACGGCACCCGCUACCCCACGACCAAGCAGAUCCGCAAGCUGAGACAGCUACAGGGGGUGCUGCAGGCCCACGGGCCUGGGGAUGGCCGGCGCGGCCUGGGCGCCGCGCUGGCCGACUGGCCGCUGUGGUACGAGGACUGGAUGGACGGGCAGCUGGUGGAGAAGGGGCGGCAAGACAUGAGACAGCUGGCCCUACGCCUGGCUGGCCUCUUCCCGGACCUCUUCAGGCGAGAGAACUUCGGCCACCUACGGGUGGUCACCAGCUCCAAGCACCGCUGUGUGGACAGCAGCGCCGCCUUCCUGCAAGGGCUAUGGCAGCACUAUCACCCCGGGUUGCCGCCGCCCGACGUCGCAGAUAUGGACUGUGGCCCUCCAAGAAUUAAUGACAAGCUGAUGAGAUUCUUUGAUCAUUGUGAGAAGUUUUUGACUCAAGUGGAAAGGAAUGCUACAGCUCUUUAUCAUGUACAAGCCUUCAAAACUGGCCCUGAAAUGCAGAAUAUUUUGAAAAAAGUUGCAGCUACUUUGCAAGUGCCAGUAGACAAUUUGAAUGCAGAUUUAAUUCAGGUAGCUUUUUUCACCUGUUCAUUUGACCUGGCAAUUAAAGGUGUUAAAUCUCCUUGGUGUGAUGUUUUUGACAUAGAUGAUGCAAAGGUACUGGAAUAUUUAAACGAUCUGAAGCAGUAUUGGAAAAGAAGCUAUGGCUAUACCAUUAACAGCCGAUCCAGCUGCGCCCUGUUCCAGGACAUCUUUCAGCACUUGGACAGAGCGGUUGAGCAGAAGCAAAGGUCUCAGCCAGUUUCCUCUCCAGUCAUCCUGCAGUUUGGUCAUGCAGAGACCCUUCUUCCACUGCUCUCUCUCAUGGGCUACUUCAAAGACAAGGAGCCCCUGACAGCUUAUAAUUACAAGGAGCAAGUCCAUCGGAAGUUCCGAAGCGGCCACAUCGUACCUUAUGCCUCAAACCUAAUAUUUGUGCUUUACCAUUGUGAAGAUGCAAAGACGCCUAAAGAAGAAUUCCAAGUGCAGAUGCUGCUGAAUGAAAAAGUGUUACCCUUGGCUCACUCACAAGGGACCGUUGCUUUGUAUGAGGAUGUGAAGAGCCACUACAAGGACAUUCUUCUGAGCUGUCAUACCAGUGAAGAGUGUGAGCUACCAAAGGUGAACAUCACAUCUGAUGAGCUCUGAGGAGCCAGAGAACAUUCUUAGUUCUGAAGUGCUUUCCUGUAGGGGUGCUUGUGUUUGUAAUAGGUCACUGACUUCUUAAUUAACAAAGUUUUCAAGGCUAACACCUUUAAUCUCAGCACACGGGAGGCACAGGUGGAUGGAUCUCUGUGAGUUCCAUGCCAGCUUUGUCUACAUAAUGCGAUAGUUCCAGACUAUGUAGUGAGCCCUUACCUCAAAAGAAGGAAGAACAGGAGGGAUGGAGGAACUGAGGGACGGAGAGAGGGAAGGAAGAAGGAAAGCUUUCAAAUUACUUGGCAUUUCUACCUUUUUACAGAGAAUCAUGGAGUUUCUUUUGGGGUCUGGGCACAGUAGGUAAGAAAUGAUUCUUUACAAGAACAGCUCUCUUGAGAAAAAACAAUCUAUUCAAAGAAACAGCGGGCACUGCAAAUGUUUCCAGAAAUGAAAGAGGUUUCUUAACUUAUAUAAGAAACCUCACUGAGGUAAAAUAUAAUUUGAGAAUGAAACUUGAAAAGUGCUAGAUUAAAUCUGUAAUUUGACUUAAUAAAUGGAGGACCUUUACCAGCAUGCUGAAGUCCUUUUUCCUGCAGGUGAAACACUUUUAGUAUAGAUUAAUAUUGCUUAGUCAUAAAUAUUGUGAUAAAGUGGGAGUAUAAGUUGAGAAGAAAGUCCAAGUCUAAUAUCUGCCUAAAGGAAAGUUUGAUCCAGCACUGCAAAGUGUGCUGCAGCAGGACAGAGUAGGAUGAGUUCUCUCUGUUAAUAUUCUUAUAAAUAAGCACUUUCAGUAAUUUCCAUUAACCUCCAUCUAAGUCUCCAAAGACCAUCCUAAUUCUCAUGACCUGUUUUACGUGUGUAAUGAUGAAAGGACAAACUAAAGUUUCUUAUAUCUGUUACCUAGUUGACUUUUCAUUCUGUCAGUGGGCUUCCAUUUUUCUAUUUUAUUACACAGUGUGUCUUUUGGUGGUUUGAAUUUUUUUCUUUUUUUAAAUAAAGACUUCAUUUUGGCUGAUUGUAGUUUUAUGGAUCUGAACCUGUUUCAGAAAAAUUCUGAGGUCUAUCAAAUGCCAUGAAAGUAUUUGCUACAAUAAACAAAAUUCUUAUGACUUUA